CGAGCAAUCUAGCACAAAAACAAGCACCGUGUGCUGCUGGCUUAAGAGAUCGCAAGAGAGUUGUCUCAGUUGAAGGCGUUUACGAUUGAAAUAUCUGUUGGAGUGCUGACUGUUUUCAUUACUUACGAAAAUAUACAAUACAGUGAUGAGUCGGAAAGAAGCAUUAUCUCAAUUCAUACAACAAAUUCACGGGCGACCUGUCGUCGUUAAAUUGAACAGUGGUGUUGACUACAGAGGUGUAUUAGCUUGUCUUGAUGGUUAUAUGAACAUAGCACUUGAACAAACAGAAGAAUAUGUUAAUGGACAAUUAAAGGAUAAAUAUGGUGAUGCUUUCAUUCGUGGAAACAAUGUUUUAUACAUUAGUACACAAAAACGUAGAAAUUAAUCAUGACAUUAAUAAAUAAUUCAAAUAAACGUUAAA